CACUGCGUGCAAUCCCAAUUUAAGAGUUUAAAAUUAUUUCCGAAAGGCACCACUAGAGGGUUUUCAGUACUAUACGAGUAACGUCGGCGAGUUGGUUUUAUAUUAAUAUUUAUAUAUUUAUACAUACGCAUAAAAUGAUAAAAUAAGAAAGAAAAAAAAAGAAAAUCAGUGAUAUUAAGAUAUUAAAGGAGAAAAAUUAAGACAUGGAAACAGCACGCCAAUAUGCUGAUUUUUUAUUACAAACUGUCAAACAGAGACCAAUGGAUUUAUUAAAACAAAUUAAACCAGAAACCAAAUGGUAUAAGAAGAGAAUCCAGUGGAAAUCUCUUCAGCAGAAAUUAAUGGAUUUAUAUAUAGCUGGAUGCUCGACAUCUUUUAAAAAUAAAAAUCUUUUUGGAGGUUCUCAGUUAUUAGAGAAAUUGGUUAUAAAAGAAAAGUUAAAUUGUUUAGUUGUUAAUUUAUAUCUUGGAAAUGAAGGUUAUUCUCUCAUGUUAAAAACUAGAACUGGUUGUGAUACAGAAACUAUUCGUCUACCAUAUGAGGAAGGAGAAAUUUUACAAUAUAUUGAUAAUGAAGAGCUUCCUCCACUUUUAAUAGACUUACUAGAAAGAUCCCAGGCUAAUCUUUUUUAUAAUGGCUGUGUUAUUGUUGAAGUAAGAGACUACAGACGUACUUCCAAUCCUUCAACCUGUGAUUAUCAUCAUGUCUUGUUAAGACCUACAACUCAGACAAUUAUAAGUGAUGUUGGAAUGCUCACUAAUGAUGGACAGAAAUGGACUUGGGAUGAACGGCAGGCAUUAGAAGCUGCUCUGCUGUUAGCUACUUCUGAACCUUUAUGUCUCAAUCCGUCUGUGUCAGUUGCAAUAUUAGCUAAUCAUUUACAUCAUCGCAAGCAUUUAUUUUCAAGAAGAUCGUUUAAGAAAUUAGCCAGAAAACAUUCCCAAGCAAAUAUAAAUAAGAAACGAAAAUUUGAACAUUGUCCAGCUCCUCCAAAUCUUAAAUUAUAUGAUUUUCUUGCAAAACGUAGAAAUAAAUCUAAUAGCCAACCUCUUAUUAAUUUAAAACUGUCUAAACAGGUUACUGAUAACUGGAAGCAGCAAGAAGUCAGUUUGAAAUCUCCAGAGUCAAUUGAGGUUGAAAAAUAUGCUAUUUCAAAUGCUUGUUUAAAAGAUCUUAAAGAUUACACAGCAGCAGAUCAUGAUUUGACUGUUGUAGAAGAAUACAUUAUGGAAGCAGAAAAAACUCCAGAGAAGAAACAAUAUACACAUAUUACAAUAUUAUUUCGUGCUUCUGCUCAAGAAUACUUUGGAAAGUUAUCUAUUGGUCAGGAUGCACAACAAAUUGGAACAAGCUGUUGUUUUAAAUUAGGAAAUUCUGAAAAUGUAAAAAAAUACAUCGAUCAGUUCACAGAGAUAUUUACUGAAGAAGGUCGUAAACAUGUGAAAAUCACUCAUUCUGUUCCUGGUCAGCCACCUAAAAUAACUCAUACACCCAGGCCUUCAGAAUUUAUGAAUGCUAUUGUUAAUUCUUCAACUCUGGAAUUAGCUAGUGAAAUUUCUCUAGCUUCAUCAGAAACUAGCAAAAUUACAGCUGAAACUACAGAUUCAGCAAUCAGUAAGAAGAUGUCAAUAAUAUCCAAGUUAGUUUCUUCAAAUACUAAUAAUUUCUCAAAUUCUGUUGAAGCUAAUAAUAAUCUCGCUGGGUCUUCUAGAUCAACAGUUGCAUCACUUGCAGCUAUAGAUUCAUCUUCGUUGUCUCAACCAAAGGCUCGGAGUCCUUCAGUUGUUACCAGUACUCAAGGUGGAAGUGAGAUUGUGUUUUCACCUGUCAGCAGUCCUUCCUCCACAGAUCCUCAAAAUUCUUCUUCCAGCACUCUUUUGUCUCCACCACAAAAUAUAUUAUCUGCUGUUAAUAUCACCAAUUUAGGAAUUGGAAUACCAAAUUUGGUAACACUAUCAAAUAUGACUCAAAGCAGUUCAGUCACCAUACCAUUGGUAACUGCUUCACAGCCAACUUUGUUGUCAUCAUCAAGUAACAUAGUCAUGGCAGGAGUUAGGAAUCAGGAUGCUUCUUCCAUCUCUACCACUUCUAGUCUCUGUUCAUCCAUUUCUAGUAUUGGAACAAGUAUGGGAAGUGCUGAUGUUAAUCCUGUGAGUGUUGAAACAGAAAAUGUUUCCUCUGAUGUUGCUUCAGCUGUCAUCUUAUCACCAGAUGCUUCUUCGUUGUCUUCGGGCUCGAUGACGCCGCAGCGAAGACACAAAUUCCAGAUGGCACUGCAGAGACAGUUCCAUCAACAGGCCAAACCUCAACAACCAUUGGCGCCUCGAACUAAGAGCAAGAAGAAAACGAGUUCCAAUUCGUCAUCCAAAUGACGUCGGUUCGAUUUUAGCCAACGAUGCGAGCGUUUUAAGAAAAACUUCGUCGUUUUACGUUCCUGAUGCAUGUUUUUAUACGAGAGAAACUUUCUCGAUACGUUGAACGAAACUGGAUUUAUUCGGCGCGCGGAAAUUCAAAUUUUAUAUGGAAAUUUCCAUUAUUUAUUUUUGCUGAGAUGUUUAUUGUUUCCAGGAAAUUUUAUUUAAUAGCGUCUUUAUUUAUGCUGUCCCUAAAUGAAUUUUAAAACAUUUUUUAUUUUUUCGAUUUAUCGCCCGAACUGUAUAUAUUUUGCGGUUUUAUCGUGAACGGAUUAUAAUUUUCAAAGUAUUUAAUAUUUUAGGAUAACGAUAAUUAAUAAAUUUCUGCCUCGAUACAUUUUUUAAAUGCUGCCGACAACGUCGUGAUCUAUAUAAAAGCAUUACAUCUACGUGUAACAAUAAAAAUAUAGUUACAUAUCCGAUUUUUAACAAAUUGAAAAGUUUGUUUAUAUAUGAAUUCUAAAUGGUUAACGGCAAUUCUUUGUAUCGAUGCACGCAAAUAUAUAUAUAUAUAUAUAUUUGUAUAUUGUCCUCAUAUUAAAGUUUUAUAUAUAUAAA